GAAAAGACGAACUUCCUAUAAGGUAUGAUACCUCUUCCAUUCAUUCCCAAUUUCCUAUGCCAAUCCAUAGGGGUCAGAUUUAAAAAGUCUCUCACGCUGCUUUACAAGAAUCACCUCGGUUUCAUUCAUAUCAAGCCGCAACCUCCGUAGAUCCCCUGCCCCAGAGUACCAUGGGCUCCAGUUCCCACUUUGAUGUGCUCAUUGUCGGUGCCGGCAUCUCUGGUAUUAACGCCGCAUAUCGAAUCCAGUCCGAAUUGCCCCAUUAUAGGUACUCCAUCAUCGAGUCUCGCGGUGCCAUUGGAGGGACGUGGGAUUUCUUCCGCUACCCAGGCCUCAGAUCAGAUUCAGACCUCCAUACCUUCGGGUUUCCAUGGCGUCCAUGGGCUAGCCCGGAAACCAUCGCCGAUGGAACCUCGAUCCGCAAUUACUUGGAAGACUCGGCCAAGCAGUACGGCAUUGAUCGCAAGAUCCAGUUUCACCACCGGCUCGUUGCAGCAAACUGGUCGUCGGACGACCAGCAAUGGAGCUUUGACGUCGACACAGAAAAAGGCACGAGUAACAUCACAGCGCGAUUCCUGAUCCUGAGUUCGGGCUACUACGACUACAACGAACCUCUCAAAACCACCAUUCCUGGCCUCGACCAUUUCAAGGGACAGGUCGUCCACCCUCAGGCCUGGCCCGAAGAUCUUGAUUACACAGACAAGAAGAUGGUAAUCAUUGGUAGCGGCGCUACUGCUAUAACCCUAUUGCCCGUCCUCGCCAAGAAGGCCGCUCGAGUCACGAUGCUCCAACGCAGCCCCACAUACCUGCUGUCUCAGCCUAGUGUCGACCCGAUUGGCAGGUUGCUGCACAUGGUGCUUCCCAAGUCAUUGGCCUUCAAACUCGUGCGUUGGAAGUUCCUCAUAAUACCUUUCCUGUUCUACCAAUUCUGCCGGGCCUACCCAAACGCAGCUCGUUUCCUACUUCGCAAACGUGCCGAAGGCGAACUCCCGAAAAAUGUCCCCCACGAUCCAAAUUUCAACCCAGCCUAUAAUCCCUGGGAGCAGCGAUUGUGCGUCUGUCCUGAUGGGGAUUUCUUCAAGGCGCUACGCGCGGGGACUGCCGAUGUUGUGACGGAUAAGAUCAAGAACGUCACGGAGACGGGCAUCACGACAGAAUCGGGAAAGACGCUGGAUGCAGAUAUCAUCGUCACGGCUACCGGCUUAAAAUUGCAACUUGGGGGCAGCGUAAAAAUCACCGUCGACUCGAAGCCUAUUAUUCAGUCAGAGAAAUAUAUUUGGAACGGCCAGAUGAUACAAGACGUCCCUAAUGCUGUUCUCAUCAUAGGCUACACCAACGCCUCCUGGACGCUGGGCUCCGACUCCACCGCGAUAAACGUUUGCCGGUUACUGAAGCACAUGGAUAAGAAUGGCAUGGCAUAUGCGGUGCCCCGGGUUCCGAAAGGGCCAAAGAUGGCGUCAAGACCGAUCAUAGAUUUGAACUCGACGUAUGUUUCGAAGGCUAAGUCCAUAUUGCCGCUCGCCGGCGAUAAGGGCCCGUGGAAACCGAGAGUGAAUUAUAUCGUAGAUCGUUGGACCGCAAACUAUGGGUCUGUGACGACGGAUAUGGAGUUUACAAAGGCUACCAAGGUUAGUAAUUAAUGCGUUUGCCUGGCGUAGAGCUAGACCGACUGGCGGCGUUGAUUUUGCAGAGGUGAGCUCUGGUACUGGUCUUAAAAUGAGUGUCUUGCUCUUCCUGGUAUCUCCCCAGGUCUUGGAGCGUGUGUCAGGGGUUCACGGUAUGCAUAUUGUCGGUAUGGUAACUAGUGUACGAAUAUAUAGACGUUUACAGCAAGCACUCGAGACUCGUACUCCUAUCCAAGAUACCUACACACACCUGAGUUUCCAUUUUAAG